UGGACUUGGAAGCGGAGUGUGGGAGAUCUGAAGGGGGUGUGCUGGGGGUGGGCGUGGUUGGUAAGGCGGAGGUGGUGAGGGUGAGGGUGGCGAGGGUGAGGGCUGUGGUUGAGAACUUCAUGGUGUGUGUGGGUAUUACUGCGGUUGGGGUGAGAGGCUCGGGACGGUCUGAGGCGGGUGUGCAGAGGGUCAACGGUCGACUCAGCGAAGGACACCAACGUCUAUGUUCACACCAUGGUCCAAAUUUGAGCAUUAUCCUCGGCGUGAGCAGGAGCCGGUGUUCUAAAGGCAAGCACGGUCCGUUGCUUCGUGUCCCUUCAGCCCUUGCAACUAUAAACACCCCCUCACCCCCCCACCACGCCCAAUGCGCCCUAACCUACGACAUCGCCUCCUCCAUCAUCGCCGGCUUCGGCUCCCUCCUCACCUCCUUUUCCAACGACACCGCCAACGACCUCCUCUCCGCCACCACCUUCACCGACAUAUCCUCCUCAAUCAACUUCAUGUCCAACCAGCCUCUAAAUGGCGUGACCUUCCCCAACAGACAGGCCUUCAUCGCCGGCCAAGGCCCGCAACCGGCUAUUGGGUUUGAGGUGUUGGGGAUCGAUGCGAUUACUUGCAACUACGCCGAUCCCAGCCAAGGCGUGGUUGCGUUCCGGUGGUUGGCUACCGUUGGCGCGAAUAAGACGGGUGGGGCGAAGGGGAUUAAUAUUCUGUAUGUGCGGGACACUCAGAACGUGCAGCAGGGCGUGGAGGGUGCAGUCGGGUGGGUUAUUGAGACUGUGUACUCGGAGUUCAAUUCGGGUGUUUGGGUUGAGGAGUUUGGUGGGAGUUGUGCUGUGCCUAGCAAGAGUGCAUAG